UCGUCUUUACUAUUCCAGGACUUGCAAUUCAAAACCUAGUUGUCUUUGCCUUUCUUACUAUCUCCAAACCGUUGGAGCCCACGUUUGCGUCCAGUCGCCGCUGCAAACUCGUCAUGUUCGCGUUUGAGGGGAAUGAGUAGUGCGGGGCGAACGGGGCCCGUGCAUGGCUGGUGGACCGGUGCUUGCAACACUCGAGGUGCUGCGUAGUAGAAUCCACUCCUCGUGAUGGUGUCAACCACACCGCCUCCACCAGUCGCCAGGGCCUGGGCCAGCCAUUCGUGUUGCACGCGUUGUGUUCGCAUCAUGUCUGUGCACUGAGGGAGCCAUGCAAAGUACAACACGUUAAACAGUUCCGUGUACCCUCCAUGUAGUCGCGUGGCCAAGGCAACCCAUUCUUCUCGAGCGUGUCCACGAUUCGCAGCGAUAAUGAGGCAAAGGUGGUCGUGGCUUCGGUCCACAAGGGCCUUGACCACACAUUCCGUCAGCACCGCAUGCUAGUCCUUGGAGAGCGAGAAUGUAGUAGCGCCACCACUCAGCCAAACGUGCAAGAGUUCCUUGAAGGCAUCGCUGCUGCCAGUCCACAUUUCGUGAUGCAGCAGGGCUUGUCGAAAGUGCAAAUUGUUGGUGUGGAUGAAGUGUGGCAAGUUCAAUGUCGGAUGCUUGCUGAUCGUGUGGACAAUCCCGAGCAGGAGUGUAGGCGUCAUGACGCCACCACGUCCAUGUUGGCGAACGACGCGCUCAAUGUCCAAGUUGGUCGUACUGGGUAGGGCCACCCACCGUCGAAACAAGAGCAAAAACCCAUCGGUCCAUUCGGCAUGAAACGCUUGCUCCAGAACUUGCUUCGCCACGGCAAACUCGUCCUUGGCCACGACGUAUGCAAGCACGGAAAGGGCACGACUUUCAACGGCGAUUGCAAAUGUCGACGAGAGUUUCAGACCACUGAAACUGUCCACGAAUCGAACCGUGUCAAUGUCAUCACGUUCGCACGCAUGUUUCACAAUGGGGCUCUGAAGGAAGACUCGGGGGACCAAUGCUGGAUUCACAAACGGCACCAGCCACUGGACGACCUCCAAACAGCAGUCCAUCCUGGACACGGCCGCGCGGAGGCAGUCGUAGUUGGCCUGCCGACGCGCCGCGGGGGUCAUGGGGGGCAGCCACUUGGCCAACAGAUGAAGCACGAGCGCCGAUGGAGCAUGUGCGACGGUGUUUUCGAGUGCCCCGAAACGAGCUUCCAAGUGAUCGCCACCCCAUUUGUCCACGAAUUCGAGCAUCGGAACCAUCUCUUCGUCAUAACUUGAGCCGAAUUGCCACUCGUACAUGAUCAAGCAGCUUUGAAUCCCGCGGAGAUUGCCAUCUUCUUGCAUGCGACUGGCAAUGCAAGCCAUGACGUCCCAGUUGACCCAACAUUUCCACACUUUGGCAAGGCACGACUCUUUGUCCUUCGCCGAGAGGAAUGGAGCCCAAACGCCCCACAGCCACACGAAUUCGUCGAAACAAGCCUCUUCAAGGGCAUUUUGAAGGCAGGUCAGAGCACACGACUUUCUUGGCGACAGCUCCGACAUGGUGACGUGGCUGUGCAGAAACUUGGCCAGAUCCAAGUGGCCCACGGACGCAGCCAAGCUCAUAACGUUUCCCAGAAUGGAAGUGUCCAUUGUUCCUGCAAAGUACGCAAACACAUCGCGACGUCGUAGAACCACCGGUCACUUUGAAACACUUUGGUCGCUUCAACUUUGUAGUCGAGUGCGUCGAGCACGUCGAGACGGAGAGCGUGAGUCGCAGUCUUGAUGACUGACGUGCGACUUGGCGGGUUGUACCCAGCUUGUCUAAGGUAUCGUACCAUCGACACAUGCCCACCAGCAAGGGCCACGUUGAGCAGCACGCCACAUGAUGCAAACAGAUCCGUGAGUAGGUUUUGGUCUUGGACGAGGAAUGUCAUGAUGUCCACGCGAUCAUUGUACACGGCAUACACCAACACUGCUCGAGGCAACGUUGGGAUGGCGAUGAACAGUUCUGGCAUGCGAUGGAGGCCGUUGGCACUGAGCCAUGGGGUCAACGCAGACGUGAGUUCGAUACAGAAACCUUCGAAGAAUACGGUGGCGCAUUGGUCUUCUACGUCAUCGGGCUAUAGGUGGGCAAGGAGGAUGUCUUCACGCACACCCGGCUGGAAGGAGCAGAUCGUCACCAAGACGUCCGUCGUCAGCGCCGCCUGCACAACUGACACGGCCAUCCAGCUCUAGUGGAUAGGAAGGCAAUAAUAACUGAUUUGG